GGCUUUGUCCCAGUGUAUGGGGAUGUAAAUAAUGACAAUAAGAACAAGAAGAAGAAGACAUUAGUGUGCGAGCGAUAAACGUCACUCAUCUCUUGGUUUCGUUGUUUUCGUUUGCAUUUUCUAAAAUUGAGUAGUGAUAAAUCUAUCAAUGUCCGCACAGCAAACGGUAAUCCACUGGUUCCGCAAAGGACUGCGGGUUCACGAUAAUCCUGCGCUGCUUGCCGCGGUUCGCUGCUGUCAUGAUUCACCGAACCAAUUUGUCUUGAGACCGAUUUUUAUCCUUGAUCCUGGUAUAAUCCAAUGGCUUCGUGUUGGCCCCAAUCGCUGGCGAUUUCUACAACAAUCAUUGACGGAUUUGGAUCUCAAUCUCCGGAAAAUAAAUAGUAGAUUGUACGUUGUGCGAGGGAAUCCGUCCGAUGUAUUCCCGAAAUUGUUCCAACAGUGGAACGUCUCACUAUUAACAUUCGAACAUGAUAUCGAACCAUAUUCCCUCAAACGUGAUGCCACAGUUAAAGAACAAGCGAAAAAGUACGGCGUUAAAAUACAAAUAGAAAAAUCUUUAACAAUCUAUGAUCCGGAUGAGAUUCUGAAGAAAAACUCGGGAAAACCACCACUGACUUAUCAAAAGUAUGGAUCACUAGCGGCAACCCUGAAGGUUCCUCAACCAGUCGAUGUCCCGGAGAAGCUGCCAACGACAUGUAUUCCAAAGCAAGACGUUGACGAGCAAAAGUUAUGUAGCUGUUACGAUCCACCGUCACUUGAGGAACUGGGGGUGAAGAUUGAAGAUUUAGGAGAAUGUAAGUUUCCUGGUGGUGAAACGGAAGCACUUCGGCGGCUUAAGGAACAUAUGGAGCGGAAAUCGUGGGUUUGCUCGUUUGAAAAACCCAAUACAUCCCCGAAUUCUCUACAGCCCAGCACAACUGUUCUAAGCCCGUACGUUAAGUUUGGCUGCCUCAGCGCCAGACUUUUCAUGCAACAAGUGCAAAACGUAAUUAAAGGUCAGAAGCACUCCCAUCCUCCGGUGUCUUUGGUAGGACAGCUGAUGUGGCGCGAGUUCUAUUACUGUGCAGCAGCAGCCGAGCCAAAUUUUGACAAAAUGGUGGGUAAUAGUAUUUGUCUUCAAGUUCCUUGGACGACAAACAAGGCACAUCUCGAAGCGUGGACGCAUGGCCAAACUGGUUAUCCCUUUAUAGACGCCAUCAUGCGACAACUGAGGCAGGAAGGAUGGAUUCAUCAUCUUGCUCGGCAUGCUGUGGCCUGCUUUCUGACACGGGGUGAUCUUUGGAUUUCCUGGGAGGAAGGACAACGCGUGUUUGAGGAGCUUUUGCUAGAUGCGGACUGGGCCUUAAAUGCUGGUAAUUGGCUGUGGCUCUCAGCAUCUGCCUUUUUUCAUCAGUAUUUCCGAGUUUACAGUCCGGUGGCUUUCGGGAAGAAAACGGACCCGGAGGGUAAAUUUAUCAAAAAAUAUGUUCCGGAACUAGCUAAAUAUCCUUGUGGAAUCAUCUAUGAACCGUGGAAGGCUAGUUUGGACGUUCAGAGGAAACUUGGAUGCGUCAUUGGGGAGACUUAUCCAAAAAGAAUUGUUAUUCAUGAGGAAAUACAUAAGAAAAAUAUUCAAAAAAUGACGGAAGCCUAUCGCAAGAACAAGGCCGUCAAGGAGGGAAUAAUGAAAGGCGACAAAGAUCCAGAGGCAUCCAAUUACAGCGGAAAGCGUAAAUCAAGUUCCUCUUCGACCUCUCCAACGUCUAAACCGGCAGCGAAGAAAUCCAAACCAAGUGAAACAAUCGAUAAGUACUUUAGAAAGAAGUAAACCAAUAAUUGCCUUAAUCCUGAAUAAAUAAACCUGGGUCAAUCACGAA